GCCUGGUCCCUCAGAAGACUUGGAUAGACCAACCACAAAGAAAACAACUUGAGACGCCCUAGUUUGUGUUCCCUCAUUCACAGAUGGGGAAACUGAGUCUCUUUGUCAGGAGUCACCAUCACAGCCUCUAACAGUGUCCACACCUCAAGCUCCGUGGGGCCAGGCAUGGUCCAGUCAGUCCUGCAGAGGCCUGGUACAGCCUGAGAUGAGACUCCCAGGGCCACCCCACAAGCCCCCACUGCCCCUUCCUCCUCCUGGUCUGGUUGCUGGGGAAACCUUUUCUAACAAUGGGGUUCAAUGAAACCCUACGUCCUAGGGCCAGUUUUCCUGGUUGCUAAAAGAAAGGACAUCCCAGCAAUGAGGAUUUCUGAACUUGAGCCACGUGAGGCUGCCUCUUUGGACUUCGGGUUAGGAAAGAGAGGGAUUCUGCAGCUCGGAGAUCUCCCCUGUCCCAGAUCUGUACCCUGUCAAGUACCCCAUGGAAAAGGAGAGACAUCUCUAGCCCCAGGCUUGGUCCUGGCUUCUCCUUCCCUCUUCCCUUGCUGAGAAGACCCUGAAUCUGAAAUCUCCCAAUGCCCACCCACCUCUUCUCCAUAGAUGCUAAGGGAGCUACUCCCUAGACAGAAAUGAUGGGGCCAGGGCACCCCUCCUUAUGAACCCCUUGCUGAGGGGACUCCCUGGCAACAGAACUAAGAAUUCUGGGGCUGAGGCUUUGGGGCGGGGCCCAGUUGUUGCUAGGGUGAUGUCCUUCAAGGUUUCUCUCCAUAGAGGCCCCAGAGGUCUGGGGAGGUAACAUGGUGGGGUCUGGGAUCGCAGCUUUGGGCCUUCUCCUGCUGAUGCAGGGCUCAGUAGAUGCGAAUGGAAUCCAGGGAUUUUUCUAUCCAUGGAGUUGUGAGGGAGAUGUGUGGGACCGAGAGAGCUGUGGGGGUCAGGCGGCGAUUGAGAACCCCAACCUCUGCCUGCGCCUGCGAUGCUGCUAUCGCGAUGGUGUGUGCUACCAUCAACGGCCAGACGAAAACAUGCGCAGGAAGCACAUGUGGGCCCUGGGCUGGACCUGCGGCAGCCUGCUCUUCCUGAUCGCCAGUAUCUGCCUCUUCUGGUGGGCCAAGCGCCGAGACAUGCUGCACCUGCCACACUUUCUACAGGGGAAAUGCGACCUGUCACGAACAGUCUCCCUGCUGUCUAAGGACCGACCAUCAAGCAAGAAGUCACCCACGGUUACCACGACUGUCUCAGUGCCCAUGGAGGGGACAGAGCCCUCAGGGACCACUGAAGCGGAAGCUACAGAAGGCGGAGAUGACACCGAGGGAGGAGAUGAGGAUUAGGGGCAACUCUGUAGGACCCCUCAAUACAGACAUGGCAUAUAAAUGUGUGUCUUCUUUUGACAUCCGUGGGGAGCCGGGGGCUUUAUGGGAACCCUGCAGCAUGUGUGCUUGAGAAAGCUCACGGGGUAAGGACUGAGUGGGAGCACUGGGUUGUUAUGACUGGGGGGCUGUGAACUAAGUGUAGGGAAGCUCUGGUCUGAGUGAGUUCUGGGGGCACCUGUCGUGGGUCUGAGUUGUGGAAGUGGACCGGAGGUAGUUCUGGGUGAUGAGGGAGCUUGUGGGAACUAUAAGGAAGUGAGCUUGCAAUAGGGGGGCUUGGGGGACCAGGGACACACAUAUCCAUGGGAAUGUGUCCUGAGCGGUCCUAUUUCAGGGAGCACCUCUG